AUGACCAGGCAUCGACAUCCCACAGACGCCCUGGCACAGUCCCUAUGCAACUCCGACGACAACCUUGUUGGGCUGCGAGCAAGCACUUCCAUUGACGACAACGGCAACUUGUUCGUGGACGCACUAGGGCUGCAGGAGCAAGUGAACUACUGGAUGACGGUGGAGCUCUUUCACCACGGCAAGGACAAUUUAACGAGCAGUGCUUACUCUCUGAGCGCCUUUCUCCACGACUCGUGCUCCCCCGCCCGCAACGAGUUCUUGUCCAAGUUCACGAGGCACUACGACAUCACGAGGGUGGGUCCUUGUCCUCCAGCUCCUCAGACGCGAUUCUUCCUCGAGCAGCGGCUGGUGUACUGGAAUAACAACGACAACAAACUGAUAAUCGACAUGAGAGACAUCUCGUCUCUGUUCGACUACUUCAUAUCAGUUGUGUUUCGCGAUCAUGCCAAUCAAGUGGCUCUGUCACUUUCUCAGGAACAGACUUGGACUGAGGACCUCAGCUACAUGCGGUUUGAAAUUCAGUUCGAGCUCAAGCACGUGGGAGACUAUCAGGUCGAGAGCUUCUUGACAGUCAUCUGCAAGCACGACAGAUCUGUCAUCUAUGAGGUGUCCAACACCACCGCCUGGCUCACUGUGCUUGAGAUGCCUCCCGGUCAGCGACUGCCUCAAGUCUACCUCCUUUCGGUUCCCAAGAGCGGCAAUACGUGGCUGCGAUACAUCUUGGAGAACAUUACAGAGUCGCCAUCAGUCGGAGACAGGCCGGUGCUCGCAGCGUCAGGGAUCAAAGACCCUUACAAGUAUCCAGCCUUCCUGGUGAAGAAGCACAGGAUCGACCUCUCUCAGGUCGUUGCAGGAGAAAAAGUCAUCCUCAUCAUCCGAAAUCCCAUCGAAUCUGUUCUGAGGCACAUUCGUCACUUCUCUUACAACGCCAUGGGACUAAGCGAGGUGAUUGAAAAUAUCAUAAUCAACUGGAAGGCUUACCAAGACUUUCCUGGGCCAAAGUUGUUAAUCAAGUAUGAAGAGCUGAUAGAGAAAAGUUCUUCAUCGUGUCAAAAUCUUCUUGGCAGAAUAUUUGACUUCAUCGAUAACGGGGACUAUUCGACCAGAAUACAACAGUUCUGUGACGAGCUCGGAAUUCACAAGGAGAAGUCCCGAAGACAUUACACGAAGGUACUAGGCCUCAUCAUCCACAACAUCAGCGACGGGCUUCAUCAUGAACGAGUGCUGCGGGAGAAAGAUCCAGCGCUGCUUCAAGUGGCUUUAGAAGAGGUAGAGGAGCAACCGAUCCUCAAGGAAAUCUACACCUUACACUACCUUCAGAAAUAA